CGCGCUGCUCGAGAUUCUUCUGCAUCUGCGAGGAAACAUGCGAAGACUAUUUUUGUUAUUAUCAUGUGCGAUGGUCACGAGAAAACACGCCGCUCGCCCGUGACCCGCCCGGCCGCUUCGGAGGAUGUCCAGCAGCGCGGCGGAACCGGACGCAGGCGUGAGUAAAGUUAAAGUGAAGCGGCAGAUCAGGAGCAUCGUGGAGGAUCUGGAGAACAUCUUAGGAGACCUGAAGGAUGUGGCGAAGGAGCUGAAAGAGGUGGUUCAGGAGAUCGACUGUCUGACGUCUGAUCUUCAUCUGGAAGAGGAGCAGACGGACAGCUCCAAGACGGACACACUUAACAGCAGCUCCAGCAGCACCACCACCACCACCACGGCCUCCAGCAUUAAGAUCUACCCAGAGGAGACGCUGUUCAGACCUGCGUCGCUUCCUCCAUCAGUGCUGACCGUCCUGAAGAGACCCAACCCUCCACCGCCUCCACCCCGCAGCGCUCCAUCUCGAUCUGAGGAGCUCAACGGAGCACUGGUGCUCAGCCGUGAGAAGGGUCACACCGGCCGCUGUCCUCAGACCACACGGGAGCGCGUGCGGUUCAGCGAGAAGGUCCAGUAUCACGGCUACUGCCCGGACUGUGACCUGCAGUACGACAUGAACAACACGGAUUUGCACUUACACACCGAGCUGCUGGAUAGCAAGCCCAGUCCUGUCCAUCAGUGCCCAGAGAAUGGCGGACUCGCGUUUCCAGCGCAAAAACCACAGAAGACCAUUCUACGCAAGUCCACCAGUACGACCGUUUGAUGCAGACUGAGCUGUUUUUGCACUUUAUAGUUUCCUUUUGUUUGGAGCACUGGAUCCUGAAGGAGGAGAAACACUGAUGCAUCUCUGGAGAUGUCGAGCGUGUCUGCAGGUCUCGUGCUCUGAUCAUCUCCAUCUGGUCACGUGGGCUUCAGCGAGCGCUCCUGAUUGUGACAGACGGAGCCGCAGGCUGCAGAUAAAGCGGAUUCUACUGAACAUCACAUCGGUGCUCUUCACAGCCGGGCCGCAGGGAGCAGCGCUGGAGAACUGUGUUUAACAGCGUCACCCCUUCAGCAGGAGCCAGAGAUGGCUGAUGUGAUGCUGCUGCUAGCCAAGCAGCCGGAACACAGAGUAAUGCGGAUCGGUCCAGCGCUGCCAGAACACAGAGCAUCAUGAGUUUGUAGAGUCCUUCUAUAUGUUUUUGUACAGAAAAUGCUAUUUUUGAUAUUUUCUAAGAUGAUUUUAAAGAUGUCACGCACUAU